AUGAACGGGCAGCUGGCUUAUGGGAGCUCUCUGGAGGAUUUGGCGCUGCUGGUUGGUGGAAUGGACCAAAGCAAUGGCAGCAGUAAUGGUGGAUAUGGAUCUCAUCCCCCUCCAUACAACUUUCAGGAGAGCUCUUAUUCAGGGAUGAGUUAUCAGGUGGGGAAGGGGAAUAUCGCAGUGGUCUCCCCUCCUGGCAGCUAUGAUAACAUGGUCCACCCUGAGGGUGCUGCAGCGGCUGCAGGUGACCAGCAGUAUGGUCAAGCUCCACCUGACUACUCCUAUGGCUUAGAGGAUAGCGGUUUCAGUGAUGCUGCCAUACGAAGAGGUUUCAUAAGGAAGGUCUACCUGACCUUGAUGAUUCAGCUGCUGGCGACGGUUGGGAUCAUCUGUGCUUUUCUUUACUGGGACGCUCUCUGGCAAUGGACACGAGCCAACAACUGGUUCUCCUACACCAUGAUGGCAGUGGUGGUGGUGCUCAUUUUGGCCAUGUCCUGCUGUGACAACCUACGUCGUCAAGUCCCUCUCAAUUUCAUUGCCCUGGGCCUGUUUACUAUUGCUGAAGGCCUGAUGCUCGGAUCUGUUGUGGUAUAUUUUAAUGCUGAAGCAGUUCUGUGGGCUGUGGGGGCAACAGCGCUGGUGUCUCUCUCCCUGAGUUUGUUUGCUGUGCAGACUAAGUGGGACUUCACUAGAGCAAAUGGAAGUCUGUGGGUGUUUGCCUGGACCCUCUUUUCGUUCGCAUUGCUUUGUGCAAUCCUCCGAUCACAGUACCUUUACAUCUUAUAUGCCUGCUUGGGAACCCUUCUCUUUUCUUUAUACUUGGUGUUUGAUACUCAGCUUAUCCUGGGUGGAAAACACAGGAAGUAUGAAGUAUCUCCUGAGGAGUAUGUGUUUGCAGCUCUUAACCUCUAUUUGGACAUUGUCCUCAUGUUCUUCCUCCUGCUGCAGGUCAUUGGCCUCCAAUCUUCAUGAGAGGCAAACACCAAACUUCUACUGUACUUGUUUAAAUGUAUUUAAAUAUUUAGUCAAGGCUCACAAACUGCAGUUAUUUUUUCCAGACGCCUGCUAUAAUGUUUAAGUACACAGGGAAGUUGCAGCUGUUUCCAACACUUUUAUUGUCAUAAUAUGUGCUAUUGUUAUAUUACAUGUAAAUCUGCUGCCGACUGU